AAUAUGCAAAGAAUAGCAUUAUUACAUACUAAUUUCUGUUCAUAUGAAAAAGUAAUUGUAGAAAGACUAAAAUCAGAUUAAAUAGGUUUAAUUUACUUGAAUUCUCCUAAUGACCUGAAUUCUUUAUCUGAACCAAUGAAAAGGGAUCUUGCCUUAGCUAUCCAAGAAUUAGAUUAGGAUAUUAAUAUUAAAGUAAUAAGAUGUUUAAUUAUUUAGGUUUUAAUCUUAUUGUCUAAACUAGAUAAGCUAUUUUGUGCUGGAGCUAAUAUAAAGGAUAUCUCUAAUAUUAGUUUGGAAUCUUAAUUGAAAGGAGAUAUUUUUUAGAAUAUAUUCUAAGUUUUAGAAUCUAUUAGAAAACCAUUAAUUGUUGGAAUAAAUGGAGUUGCUUUAGGAGGAGGACUUGAAUUAGCUUUAAAUGGUGAUAUCAUUGUUGCUACUGAAGAAUGUAAAUUAGGUUUACCUGAACUAAAACUAGGUUUCAUCCCAGGAUUAGGAGGAACUCAAAGAUUGACUAAACUUAUAGGUAAGACUAAUGCUAUGAAAUAUAUCUUAACUUCUGAUAAUAUAUCAGCUUAAGAAGCUUAUUAAAGAGGAAUAGUUAAUUCUGUUGUUAAAAAAGAAUUAUUAAGAGAGGAAUGUAUCAAUAUUGCUAAGAGAAUAAGUGAGAAAUCAUUAUACACACUUAUUGCAGCAAAAGCAGCUAUCAAAAAUGCUGAAGAAAUGCCUAUAAGUUAAGCCAAUAAAGUUGAGAGAUAAAUAUUUAAUAGUCUAUUAAAUACAAAAGCUGCAAAGGAAGGUGUGAAAGCUUUUGUAGAAAAAAGAAAACCUAAUUUUAAAAACAUUUGAAUGUGAAUGAGCA